AUGUUGGUUUCGACUCCCAAUCGACGCGACAUUUACGCUCGCUUGUUCAGUGAUGGCGUUCUAGUCGCGAGGAAGGACUUUGCUUCUCCAGAGCAUAUGGAGCUAAAGCACAUCAAGAACAUCGAGGUGAUCAAAACGUGCCAGUCCCUGCGUUCUCGCGGCUUCGUUCGGGAGCAGUUCAGCUGGCAGCACUACUAUUUCUUCCUAACGGACGAGGGUAUUGAAUACCUACGAAAAUGGCUGAACGUACCGUCAGACGUUGUGCCGAAAACUCUGCAAGCCAAAGCCGAACCGCCGCGCGUGAUCGGAGGUUUCCGCGGUGACCGCGCUGGCGGGUACCGCCGUCCUGGGGCCCCCGGAGAACGUGGUUUUGGUGAACGCCGGGGCCCUGGUACCUUCCAGUCAGAGUACCGGAGUCGUGGCGGGCCUGGUGGUUUUCGGAGCUUCGGCAGGGGCGGCGGUAACGCGCCGGGAGCGGGCGGCAGGGACGUGUAUCGCCCCCCGCGCGCGGAACCUCCGGUUAGAGGUAUGGAAGCUCCCUGA